GAUACACGUAUAGAGUGACAUAACUGGAGGAAGCUAUCUCAUAUUUAACAGGGGAAACGCGUCUUACCAAUGACGCAGCAGCCACGGCCAUUGAAGUUCUGACAGAGUCAAAUAACAGAGAGGUCAACAAUCAGUCAUUCGUCCUCUCAGUGGGAUCCAUUCCAACUGUUCUUGGCGCAACCACGGAAGCAAAGCUAGAGAUGGCAUCUACACUCAAUGGAACACUGGAGUUCCAUACAGGAAAUUACACCGUGCUCGAUCUCCAGCAGCUACACACGACCUUGAUCGGCCGUCCACAAAUCUCCCAGAAUAUUUUAGCCACCGUGAUUUUAUACUACCCCGGAAGAGGAAGUGACGGGCAAGACAAAGCCAUGUGUAAUGCUGGUGCCAUGGCUAUGAGUAAAGACACGGAUCGUAUUCCAGGGUUCGGGAGGUUGUUGGCAAGUCAUGAAAGAAUUUC